GGAGUGGCAGGACCUCGGGGUUUGGUCCCGGGUUCCCAAGCGAGAGAAAGUUCACAGUCCUUCGCUUUUACUGAGCUGCGUGUGCGCGUGGUGCGCAGAGCGCGUGACACCGCGGCGAGGGACUGCGGCACGAGACGGGCGACGGGCUGAAACCCGGGGAGCAGGAGAAGCCGGCGUGGAAAUGUCGGAGCGCACGGAGCCGUCAAACGCGGCGGAGAAGCUUACCACCAUGAUGGAGGAGGUAAAGACCACGGAGAUACCAAACCCAGUGGAGAUACCAAACCACACUGAGAAGGUGAACAACGCAGAGGAGAUGAGCACUCCCGAGAUGCCAAACCCAGUGGAGAUGCCAGACCCAGUGGAGACACCAAACCACACGGACAGGGUGAAGAACAUGGAGGAGACAAGCACUCCUGAGAUACGAAACCCUGUGGAGAUACCAAACUCAAUGGCGAUAAACACCCUUGAGAUACCAAACACCAAACGGGAACUAAAGCCCAUGAAGAUGCCGAAACACACUGACAUAGAGUCAGAGGAAAGUGUAAACCCAGUAGAGACAUCAAACCCCAUGGAGAUACCAAACCACACCGACAGGGUAAACCCCACAGAGGAGGCAAACAACCCUGAGAUACCAGACUCCAUGGAGAAGGUAAAGCCCAUGGAGAUUCCCACCCACUUGGAUCAAGACCCACACCACGUGACCAGUGGUCUGAAUUCUCAGAAUGACAUGCAUAUAAAGAGGAGAGAAACAGGCGCACGCCUUUCCCUCACAGAGUGCAACUCGCCGAAAGAAGGAGUCGCCCCCAGAGGACCUGCAAAGGACCCCCCAGCUCCCCUGGAGGAGGGGUAUCCCACAGGUACCAGGUGGAAUAGGUUUCACUCGCCGCAUCCAUCUCCAGCCCCCAUGAAGACAGGAGUGCUGGUCACUAAUGGGGAGUCUUGGUCCACAGCGCUCCCGGUGCGCCUGGCUGCAGUGCGUGGCUCCAGGCGGCUUCCUGACCGUAAUCUGCAGGAAGUGCUGAGGGGGAAACUCCGCGGCCUGGAGGGGAGUGGUGCGGGGGUCGGAGCCCUCUUCUCGGAGCUGUGUGCACAGUUACUGUCCAUCAACAGUGAGGAAGACACCAUCUUUAUUACCUUUAAGACCUUUGAGGAGAUAUGGCGGUUCCGCACAUACCAUUCCAUGGGGUUCCUCUCACAGUGUUUGGAGAACCUGCUUCUGGACCAGGACUUCUGGUUGAGCUCCCCUGAGCAAGAGGAACCUGGAAUUGAGGUGCUGGUCCAAGAGGAGACUCUGAACCUCAUGUACAAAGGGAUUUUGAUGCAAGAAGGGUCAUUUUUUGGUCGCUGUACUGCAAGCCAGAUGUUCGACAGCUCCACAUCUGGCAGUGACCUGUACCUGGAGCAAGGAGACAUCGCGCUCUUCGAGCCGCCGUUCAAGGGCUCUGGGUGGACCGUGCAGUCUCUAGCAGAUGGAGCCCGGGGCACGAAAGCCAAAGCAGCUGUGGUGCCAGUCAGCCCCUUUCAGCAAUGGUUCCUGAAAUCGUGCAGCGAAAACAUCCUGGUCGGCAGCGGCAAAGCAGCCGCUAACUUCCCCUGUCAGUUCGUCGCAGGCUCCUGUGUGACGACCAGGCGAUGGGACGGUGGUGGACCAGAUGAACUCAGCUUUGAGUGUGGUGAGGAGAUCCAUGUGGUUGGUUUGCUGGCAUCCUGCUUUCAGUGGUUCUUGGGGAGACAUGAAGGGACUGGCAGCAUCGGGCUGGUCAGGACCAGUCUGGUCAAGCCCACAGACACCAACCAGUCAACUAACAUAUUUCUGGAUGAAGAAGAGAGGGGGCUGUUCAGUGUGAAAGAUGAGCAGACAAAAGCUGAUGCCAUUGCUCUGCUGAACAAAUCAACUCAACACCACAUGAGCAGCAUCUACAAACUGGACUUGACUGAAGAAACAGAGAAUCCAAACGGUGCACACCAGGCUGGCCUGCUCUUCAGCAUGGACUCCACUCCAGACCAUGAGGAGCUCAGAGGCAAAAUUGACAGGAUUCUGAAGGAACUUAAAAAUUCUGAUGUGGACAUUUUGCAAAGCAAGGCAACAGACCCUUCAUCAGGUGAGGAGGACAAGAAGGAACUGGAGCCGGAAGAAGAUGCGAGGCUCCCUUGCUUCACCAUAUCCAUUGGUGAGGACGGUGUUGACAGCUUCCUACCGCUGUUCUCAUUCCUGAACCACCGCAACUAUCAACCAAAGUUUGCCAGCCUGUACGGCUUCUCACUGGACUUGUUCCACUCGGCGUUUCAGGGCCAUGCCGAAGAGGAGGAGCUCGUGGCCUACCUGGCUUCUUCCCGGGAAGCAGCCCGCAGGAGGAGACUGUUCUGGGCCCAGAGCCGCAUCUGCUUCCUCUUGGCCAAGCUGUGCGCCUGCAGGGCCAAGUUCUCCCAGGCCCGGGUCUACCUUGAAGAGGCUCUCAGCAUACCCAAGGACACCUUCACGGACAUGCGCUUCCUGAUCGCCAUCCAUGCCAACCUGGCCAUCAUCUACCUCACGCAGAAGAACAUAGAGAAAUACUUUGAUUCAUGCGAGCGGGUUGCUGCUCUGCGGAUGGGGGUCCCACAGCACAUCUGCAGCACGGACAGGGAGCCCGAGGUGCUGCAUUACGUCCUGAAGAAGGCCAUCCUGGCAGGAAACAUUGCUGUUGAAGCCCGAGUCUGCUUCCUGAUGGCCCAGCUCUACCGCACUCUGGAGCAGACGCCAAACAUCGUGCCCUAUGUGGAGAGACUCCAGGCUUUGAUGGAGGAGCCGCCAGGGAGCGCCCACUUCAUACCCAGCCAUGGCUACCUGGCCCUGGGGAGGACCUACAGGGAGAGUGGACUCUCACACCUGGCAUUGAGUUCUGUGAGACGUGCUGCGUUGCACCCCUCAGCCACCCUUGCACACUGCCUGAGCAGUACCUGCUUUGUCUUGGAGAAUGUGCCGGGUGAGUCCAUCCCACUGCAGGUGGCGCCCUACCUGCGCAAGGCACUGGCACUCCUGGAGGGUGCAGGAGAGCAUGUGCUCCGCCAAGCCAUUUCCAUGUCUCUGUCCCACCUUCUGCAAGACUGUGGGCUGCUAGAUGACGCUCUCCGCUGUAUACACACGCUGCUGGAUGGUGGUUUGCCCUGCAGCAAGGCGGACAUGAUGCACGUCUUCGUCUCGUUAGCUUGGCUGCACAUCCACAACCGCCAACCACGGCAUGGACUCAUUGUGCUGGAGGCAGUGUUGUCUGCGACCCUUUGGAACUGCGCCACACCGCAGGAGGGUGCCGUCCACAACAUGCGUGCCAUUGCGCUUCAGCACGUCGGUGAUGUGAGGGAGGCAGCUGUCAGCUACCACACCGCCAUCGAGGUGUGCAAAGCACUCGACUUGCAGCACUGCUGGGCUGUAGCCCUGGCCAACCGUGGGCUGCUCUACCGGCGCGUAGGGGCCAAGUCGCUGGCCGAGAGAACCCUGCUAAGCUCCGUGAAGAUGUUCUCCACAUUGCAAGGUGAAGGACACAAGGAGAACUUCAUCGCUGUGCUCCUCGAGCUCGGCCAUUUGUGCGUCAGCCAGGGCCAGCUGGAGAACGGGAAGAUCUGCUACGAGUGGGCUCUCCUCACAGCCAUGGGUUCCAAUCGCCUCGACUGGCAGCUGCAGGCCUGCCAGCGCCUCUGCCAGCUUUACUGCACUACAUGCCCCGACACCACUCAGAGCAUCAUCUACAGCGAGCACCAGCUAGCCCUGGUGCGCAAAACUGCCAACCGGGGACAGGAAGGCGACAUCCUGGAGACCAUGAGCCAGCUCUACUUGAGCUUGGGGACAGAGAGGGCUUUCAAGACUGCCCUGGAAUACACGAAGUGCAGCCUCGGUAUCUUCAUCGACCUGCGCAGGAAGGAGAAGGAGGCAUACGCUUGGCUGCAGUCUGGAAACAUCUACCGCAUGCUGGGACAGGAUGAGCUUGUGGAUCUCUACAUUCAGGUAGCUCAGGAAACAGCUCUGAGCACAGGCAACACGCUCUUCGUUCUGGGGCUGCUGGAGGCCGCUGGAGACCUGUUCUUCAACAGCUCCCGAGACAGAGAAAAGGCUGUAUCCUUCUACAAGGACCGGGCCCUCCCCAUCGCAGAGCGCACCAAAAAUGCACCGACAAAGCUUCGACUCUGCAACAAACUGGGGGAACUACUCAUGCAGAUGCAGCUGCAUGCAGAGGCCUUGCCAUUCAUGCAGACUGCGUUGGACCUCAGCAUCGCUCUGGGGGAGCGCCUGAACGAGCGGGUAGCCUUCCACAGGCUGGGGGUGCUCUACCACCAGCUGGGCCAGUUUGAGUUGGCUGAACACUACUACCUGAAGGCCCUGUCGUUGUGCCCGGCGCCCCUGCAGUUCGACGAGGAGACCCUGUACUACGUGAGGGUGUACUUCACCCUUGGGGACAUCAUCUUCUAUGACCUGAAGGACCCGUACGAUGCUGCCGGGUACUAUCACUUGGCGUUAGCAGCCGCCAUGGACCUGGGCAAUAAGCGCGCUCAGCUGAAGCUCUGCACCCGCCUGGCCACCAUCUACCACAACUUUGUGGUAGACCGCGAGCGCUCGCUCUUCUUCUACCAGAGAGCGAGGGCCUUCGCUGCUGAGCUCCAUGUGCGCCGCAUCAACCUGUCACCCGAGCAGCACUACUGCAGCACGGCCCGCUACCGCAGUGGCCUGCACUAGGUGGUGCUGUCCCACCAGGCUCACAUGCAGCACCACUAUUCAUGUGUGAAGCAAUGGAAGGCCCAAACGAUCAAUGAAUGAUAGACUGACAGCGAAUACUGCAAGAAUCUUGACAUUCAGCAAUUUUUUUUUUAUUAAGUUUUGAUUCAGAACUGUUUUCUCAGAUUUAUGAAAUGGAAUAAAGGUAGGUAACUGCACACGUAGUGGAAAAAUUAAUAAAUUUGUUUUAAGGUAAAGGGGCACGGUGGACCAGCAGAUUUGACCGGGUCCUGCUCUCCGGUGGGUCUGGGGUUCAAGUCCUACUUGGGGUGCCUUGCGACAGA